UCUGACGUGCCUAGGGAUCUACAACGGCGUGAUGGACGGCCGGGAGCUGGGGGCCCUCGUGUCGUCCUCGCAGUGCCCGUGCCUGUAGGAGCUCAGCCUGGACAUCAGGCUGGCCGCCGCAUCCGACGUCUCCAUCUGCUCCGACUCGCUCAAGCGGCUGUUCUUUCGCGUCGAGAACAGCCGCAGGCUAGUCGUCGCCGCCCCAAUGCUCCUGCAGAUCUGUGUGUCCAGGACCUUGGACUUGGAGGCACGCAUUGCCGCGCCGAAUCUAGCCGAUGUCGACCUCAGAGACGACAUGGGCCGGUACGAGAUUGCCGAGGCAGGGCGCCAUCUCCAGCGGCUGGUGGUCAAUCUGCGAUUCCCAGUGCCAGCAAUCCUGCGCCGGUUCGAUACCAUCGGAGAGCUCAUCGUUCGUCUCUUAAUUCAAUCGGGAAGAGAAGGAUACAACACUUUCAUUAAGGAGGUGAGGGGUCUCGAUUGUGAAACCUUGGUGCUACGUUCAAUGUGGACUGUGCACCAAUUUGAACCGAGCAUGUUGCAUCUCCUGAGGAUAUGCAAUGGCCUAAAGAAGUUCGUAGUAACUUUGAGAUGCAGCGAGAUUGCCCUCGUACUUGGCCGGAGAGUUACAGAAAUGAUAACAUUUCACUUGAUUCACUUGAAGAGCUGGAAAUCAAUGGCUUCACUGGGAAAGACCAUCAGCUGGACAGUGUGAACCUGCUGGUUGGACGCAAUGCGCCGUUGCUCAAAGGAGUAGUCUUUCG